CUGCCAUUCUCUAUCCCUAAGUACCACCCAUCUGACAGCGAGAAUACUUGCUUGUGGUUUUACUAUUCGUUGUGCGAAUAAUUUCUGGUACUCACAACACCCUCUCUCAACAAAGCAAACCAUUCUCCAAAUCAGGAUCCAACAUGCCCAAGAAAGAUCCAGGACCGCCGCAAGGCGAAGGCAAACGCACCAUGCACAAAGACGUCCCGAAUCAACAAUCCCGCGGCAUCCAAAACGUCACCGCACCCCUCUACAAAUCCAGCACAAGCUCCUUCGUCUACGUCCUCUCCACCCUCGCGGUCAUCAUCUUUGCCUGGUACGCCUACAAGGGCGUCUCCGUCGCCUCGAGCGUCGUAAGCAACGCUUCACCCUUCGGCUCGUCGUCGACGUCUUCUUCUAAAUCUGGUGACGUACCAGUGAAUGUGGGAGAGAGAAGAGCUGCGAGAGAGGAGGGCGUGGGCGGCGAAAUGAGCGUGGAGAGACAUAUUGAGGAGUUGGCGAAGGCGUUUGGGAUGCCUUCGAAGGAUUUGGCGGGCGCGAUUGCGGGAGCGGUGAGGGAGCAUGUGCCACCGUCGAGUUUGAGUUCGGUUUCGAAGAAAGCAGAGAAGACGGGGGGAAGUAAAAUUCUUGAUGAGUUGACGGGGGAAGCGGGCGAGGGUGAGGAUGCGGCAUCGUGGACAGACACUUUGGGUACGGUCGUAGGCAUGGAUGAUAUGCCGGUGUGAGUGUAAAAUGUAUCAAUAGACGCUUCAGACGUCUCCCCACAAAAUAGUUUGCCACAACCACAAUGUAGUAUUCAAUCUCGACGUUGAACUCUGUGAUUCAGC